AUGGCCUUGAGGAAAUGGAUCUGCAUAUUGGCUCUUACAAGCCUUUUAUCUGCAGAAUCACAUGCUCAGCUCAAUGCAUGUGGCACUGCUCCAUUGAACGCACGGAUAGUUGGAGGUGAAGAUGCUCCAGCAGGAAGUUGGCCCUGGCAGGCUAGUCUGCAGAGAUUUGGCAGGCAUGUUUGUGGUGGUUCCCUCAUCAAUAAAGAGUGGGUGAUGUCUGCUGCUCACUGCUUCUCCAGUACCAACACAAAAAGAUGGCAGGUUUCACUUGGUCGUCAGAACCUGCAGGGCACAAACCUAAACGAAGUGACCAGAACUGUUGCCAGAAUCAUUUUGCAUCCAAACUAUGACAGCAACACCAACAACAACGACAUUGCUCUGCUCAAACUCUCCUCACCAGUCAAAUUCACGGACUACAUCAGGCCUGUGUGUCUGGCAGCCAGCAGCAGUGUUUUCAACAAUGGCACUGAUAGCUGGGUCACUGGCUGGGGUGCAGUCAAGGAGGGAGUGUCAUUACCGUUCCCUGAAACUCUACAAGAGGUGGAGGUGCCAGUUCUGGGAAACAGACAGUGUAACUGUCUCAAUGGAGUCGGCACAGUCACAGACAACAUGAUCUGUGCUGGUGUUCUGGCAGGAGGCAAGGACUCAUGUCAGGGUGACUCGGGAGGUCCAAUGGUGAACAAGCAGGGCGAUGUGUGGGUCCAGUCUGGAAUCGUUAGUUUUGGUUUUGGCUGUGCUCGGCCCAAUCUGCCAGGAGUCUACUCCAGAGUGUCCAGUUACACGUACUGGAUCAACUCCCAUAUCACGUCUGAUAAGCCAGGCUUUGUCCAGUUCGCCUCAAGUGGGCUGGAUGCUGACAGCAGCUACACCUGUCCUGGUCUGCCACCUCCUGUCAUAACUAUUACUACUACUGAUGCUACUGCAGGAUCAGAUAUUACAACAUCAGAUCCAGGCACAUUUUUUUCAGUGUGUGGCAUCACUCCACUGAACAUACGGAUAGUUGGAGGUGAAGAUGCUCCAGCAGGAAGUUGGCCCUGGCAGGUUAGUCUGCAGAGAUUUGGCAGCCAUGUUUGUGGUGGUUCCCUCAUCAACAGUGAGUGGGUGAUGUCUGCUGCUCACUGCUUCUCCAGUACCAACACAAAUAGAUGGCAGGUUUCCCUUGGUCGUCAGAACCUGCAGGGCACAAACCCAAACGAAGUGACCAGAACUGUUGCCAGAAUCAUUUUGCAUCCAAACUAUGACAGCAACACCAACAACAACGACAUUGCUCUGCUCAAACUCUCCUCACCAGUCAAAUUCACGGACUACAUCAGACCUGUGUGUCUGGCAGCCAGCAGCAGUGUUUUCAACAAUGGCACUGAUAGCUGGGUCACUGGCUGGGGUGCAGUCAAGGAGGGAGUGUCAUUACCGUUCCCUGAAACUCUACAAGAGGUGGAGGUGCCAGUUCUGGGAAACAGACAGUGUAACUGUCUCAAUGGAGUCGGCACAGUCACAGACAACAUGAUCUGUGCUGGUGUUCUGGCAGGAGGCAAGGACUCAUGUCAGGUAGCUGUUUCUUUUCAUUUGUCGCUGAUUAGUAAACGCUUUCAAGAUUUUCUGAGAUUCUCAGACGUUCCCUGUUCUUCUCCUCAGGGUGACUCGGGAGGUCCAAUGGUGAACAAGCAGGGCGAUGUGUGGGUCCAGUCUGGAAUCGUUAGUUUUGGUUUUGGCUGUGCUCGGCCCAAUCUGCCAGGAGUCUACUCCAGAGUGUCCAGUUACACGUACUGGAUCAACUCCCAUAUCACGUCUGAUAAGCCAGGCUUUGUCCAGUUCGCCUCAAGUGGGCUGGAUGCUGACAGCAGCUACACCUGUCCUGGUCUGCCACCUCCUGUCAUAACUAUUACUACUACUGAUGCUACUGCAGGAUCAGAUAUUACAACAUCAGAUCCAGUAUCCAGCAUGUCAAGUGCUGAAUUGUGUGGCAUCACUCCACUGAACAUACGGAUAGUUGGAGGUGAAGAUGCUCCAGCAGGAAGUUGGCCCUGGCAGGUUAGUCUGCAGAGAUUUGGCAGCCAUGUUUGUGGUGGUUCCCUCAUCAACAGUGAGUGGGUGAUGUCUGCUGCUCACUGCUUCUCCAGGUGAGAAACUCUAAUAUAAUUAGUUUCCCUUGGUCGUCAGAACCUGCAGGGCACAAACCCAAACGAAGUGACCAGAACUGUUGCCAGAAUCAUUUUGCAUCCAAACUACGACAGCAACACCAACAACAACGACAUUGCUCUGCUCAAACUCUCCUCACCAGUCAAAUUCACGGACUACAUCAGACCUGUGUGUCUGGCAGCCAGCAGCAGUGUUUUCAACAAUGGCACUGAUAGCUGGGUCACUGGCUGGGGUGCAGUCAAGGAGGGAGUGUCAUUACCGUUCCCUGAAACUCUACAAGAGGUGGAGGUGCCAGUUCUGGGAAACAGACAGUGUAACUGUCUCAAUGGAGUCGGCACAGUCACAGACAACAUGAUCUGUGCUGGUGUUCUGGCAGGAGGCAAGGACUCAUGUCAGGUAGCUGUUUCUUUUCAUUUGUCGCUGAUUAGUAAACGCUUUCAAGAUUUUCUGAGAUUCUCAGACGUUCCCUGUUCUUCUCCUCAGGGUGACUCGGGAGGUCCAAUGGUGAACAAGCAGGGCGAUGUGUGGGUCCAGUCUGGAAUCGUUAGUUUUGGUUUUGGCUGUGCUCGGCCCAAUCUGCCAGGAGUCUACUCCAGAGUGUCCAGUUACACGUACUGGAUCAACUCCCAUAUCACGUCUGAUAAGCCAGGCUUUGUCCAGUUCGCCUCAAGUGGGCUGGAUGCUGACAGCAGCUACACCUGUCCUGGUCUGCCACCUCCUGUCAUAACUAUUACUACUACUGAUGCUACUGCAGGAUCAGAUAUUACAACAUCAGAUCCAGUAUCCAGCAUGUCAAGUGCUGAAUGUAAGUAA